UCUGAUAGAUGACGAGAUAAGAAGGUGUGUGGUUUAAAAGCAGCGGCAGACUUUGAGUAAGACACUCCUUGCUGCAGAGUUGUCCAGUUCACCCUCACGGCCACCAUGACCUUCAACGGCACCUGGAAAAUUGAUCGCAAUGAAAACUAUGAGAAAUUCAUGGAACAAAUGGGAAUUAACAUCGUGAAGAGGAAGCUGGCUGCUCACGACAACCUCAAGAUAAUCAUCGAACAAACUGGAGACAAGUUUCAUGUCAAGGAGAGCAGUAAUUUCCGCACGCUGGAAUUAGACUUCACCCUGGGGGUUACCUUUGAGUACAGCCUUGCAGAUGGAACUGAACUAUCAGGCUCAUGGAACAUAGAGGGAGACAUGAUGAAGGGGAUUUUCAAAAGAAAGGACAAUGGAAAGCAACUGACGACAACCAGAAUCGUACAGGGAAAUGAACUCAUACAGAGCUACAACUACGAAGGUGUGGACGCAAAGAGGAUUUUCAAAAGGGAUUAGAUAACAGAUGUUUAACUUCAGGAUUACAUACAGUAUUUUGUUGAAUUAUCAACUACUUAUAACAACAUAACCUGUGAAAAGUAAUGUGUAAUGCGUACACAGUAUAUGAAACAGUUUUAAAUUGCACCAGAUUUUGAUACCUGCAGUAAUAAAGCCAUACAGUAACUGCC